AUGAUCGAGAACGAUGCCAACGUCGUGUCGAUCCCGGUUGAGGAAGCGGGCGGUGGAAACGGCAAAACGACGGAGGACAGGCUGUGCACGAAAUUCUUCAGCAUUCACGGGUGCGCGUACGGGGACGACUGUCACUUUCUGCACACGUACAGAGCGGGUUUAACGCUCCCGUCCAGGCCGGCGCCGCUGCCAUAUGUAUACGCCGUUAACGCUCACGGAAUGCACAUGAAUGAGAAGGUGAAAACGCGUCUUUGUAGACACUUUCAGUCUCCGGAGGGGUGUCGGUAUGGCGAGCGUUGCUUCUUUGCGCACGGCGAGGCAGAGCUUCGCACCGAAGAGUUCAAUAUUGCAACGGGUAUCGGUAUGCCAGGAUGCGGAACAGGAUCCGCGUUCGAACAGUGCGUUCUCGUACCCGUUCCGCAGGCGCACGUUGGAACCGUCGUCGGCAAGGCGGGUUCAAACAUAGCGAGAACGAGCUCCGAAUCAGGAGCAAAGGUUUCGAUGCUCAGCGCUGAGUACACGAAUUCGGACGGAAGCAGACUUUGUCGCGUGGUGGGAACGCCACUUGACGUACAAAAAGCCAAAGACAUGAUCGAACAUCGCCUCGUUAUAGCAAGAAGGAAGAAGCGAGACGAUGGCAAGUCGCUGCGCGACGACAAGUCUUCGAUGAAGCCGUACAAGACUAAAAUUUGCGUUUCCUGGAUCAAUAAUGGUUCUUGUACAUUCGGUGAUAACUGCCACUUCGCCCACGGCGAAGUUCAGCUGCAGAAACGUUUUGGUAACGAUGAAAAUGUUGAAAGUAUUGUGUUGUGA